GCGCUGGCUGUGGCGGAGGCCGAUUGGCUGGAAGCAGUCCCCGGAAGUGACGCAGGGAGAAGCCCACGUGUGCUAUUCCAUCCCACAUGGCGGCGCUCCUGAGGAGACUGCUGCAGCGCGAGAGGCCUUCGGCGGCCUCUGGCCGCCCCGUAGGACGGCGCGAGGCCAGCCUGGGCACUGAUGCCGGGGUUGCGGUGAGAGUGCGGUUCGCUCCCAGCCCCACAGGUAACCCUGGCGGACGUGACGCUACAGGCCGAGGCCCCCUGUCCCGUCUCCGCCCCACGAAUGUUCCCGAAUGAAUCCUUUCCGGUGGUGUCAGAGUGGGCGGGCGGAGGAGGGUUAAGGCAGCGCGAGCCCAUUUUACAGAGGCGGAAACUGAGGUGCAGGAGCGGAAAUAAUUCAAAUUGCCAGGAGUUUCUUUGUGUUUUUUGUGCCAUCCCAUCUCUUUCGAUCUUUUUUUCAUGCAUUCCAUACAUGUGUAUUGAUGACAAACUGUGUAACAGGUGUUGUAGACGCUGGGAUGCAGUGAUCAUUGAGAAAGGCUUCUUGCACCUGGGUGGCCUCCGCACUGCCUUGUACAACUACAUCUUUGCUAAGAAGUACCAGGGGAGCUUCAUCCUGAGGCUAGAGGACACAGAUCAGACUCGCCUUGUGCCUGGGGCAGCGGAGAAUAUUGAGGACAUGCUGGAGUGGGCAGGCAUCCCCCCUGAUGAGAGCCCCCGCCGGGGCGGUCCUGCUGGGCCCUACCAGCAAUCUCAGCGGUUGGAGCUGUAUGCCCAGGCCACAGAAGCGCUGCUGAAGACCGGAGCUGCUUACCCCUGUUUCUGCUCACCCCAGCGGCUGGAGCUUCUGAAGAAGGAGGCCUUGCGGAACCACCAGACGCCCCGGUAUGACAAUCGGUGCAGGAACAUGAGCCAGGAGCAGGUGGCCCAGAAGCUGGCCAAGGACCCCAAGCCUGCAAUCCGCUUCCGCCUGGAGCAGGUGGCGCCGGCCUUCCAGGACCUGGUGUAUGGCUGGAAUAGGCAUGAAGUGGCCAGCGUGGAGGGAGACCCAGUCAUCAUGAAGAGCGACGGCUUCCCCACAUACCACCUGGCCUGCGUGGUGGACGACCACCACAUGGGCAUCAGCCACGUGCUGCGAGGCUCUGAGUGGCUCGUCUCCACUGCCAAGCACCUGCUCCUCUACCAGGCCCUGGGCUGGCAGCCACCCCACUUCGCCCACCUGCCUCUGCUCCUCAACAGGGAUGGCAGCAAGCUCUCCAAGAGGCAAGGGGACAUUUUCCUGGAGCACUUUGCUGCUGAUGGCUUCCUGCCCGAUUCCUUGUUGGACAUCAUCACCAACUGUGGCUCAGGUUUUGCAGAGAACCAAAUGGGCAGGACCCUGCCGGAGCUGAUCACACAGUUCAACCUGACCCAGGUCACCUGUCACUCAGCCCUGCUGGACCUGGAGAAGCUCCCAGAAUUCAACAGACUGCACCUCCAGCGGCUGGUGAGCAAUGAGAGCCAGAGGCGCCAGCUGGUGGGGAAGCUGCAGGUCCUUGUGGAGGAGGCCUUUGGUUGCCAGCUGCAAAACAGGGAUGUCCUCAACCCAGUCUACGUGGAGAGGAUCCUCCUGCUGAGACAGGGUCACAUUUGCCGCCUGCAGGACUUGGUGUCCCCAGUAUACUCUUACCUGUGGACUCGCCCUGCAGUAGGUCGAGCACAGCUGGACGCCAUCUCGGAGAAGGUGGAUGUGAUUGCCAAGCGUGUGCUGGGGCUUCUAGAAAGAUCUGGUAUGAGCUUAACUCAGGAUAUGCUGAAUGGAGAACUGAAGAAGCUAUCAGAAGGUCUGGAAGGCACCAAGUAUAGUAAUGUGAUGAAACUCCUUCGGAUGGCCCUCAGUGGACAGCAGCAAGGACCUCCUGUAGCUGAGAUGAUGUUGGCCUUGGGACCAAAGGAAGUACGGGAACGGAUCCAGAAGGUGGUUUCCAGCUAGGGAGAGGAUGUGUCGGGCAGUGGAGAUCGCCCUAAGAACCUGUGAGCUUAGAAACAGCUUUCAGAGACCAGAAGGAGGCCUGGGGCCCGUCGGGAAGUUUGCUGAAGGAACUAAGAGUGGAAACAAUCUCUGACUGCACACAAGUGCAUUUGUGAUCCACCACAGGCCCGUUUUUGUCAGUUGGCUGGGGAAGCCCAACCCAUCUAACCUCCUGGACUCUGGAAAGGCAUUCUCCGGGUCUGGUUUCUCACACAUUACACAGCAGAGGUUUGGAGUUAGUUCACAGAAAAGUUAACAUCCCGGAACAGUGCAGAAGGCUUGGGUUUCAGUUUGCUAGGGCCCCCAUAACAAAAUGUCACAGAACCAGGUGGUUUAAACAACAGAGAUUUAUUUUCUCACAUUUGGAGGCUAGAAGUUCAAGAUCAAGGUGUCAGCAGGCCUGGUUUUUCCUAGAGGCCUCUUUUGUUGGCUUGCAGACAGCUGUCUUCUCACUGUGUCCUUGUGCGGUCUUCCCUCCAUGCACACACAUCUCUGGUUUCAUUAUGUGCCCAACGUUCCUCUUCUAAGAACACCAGUUGGACUGGAUUUUAACUUUAACCAGCCUCAUUUAACUUAAUCACCUCUUUAAAUGCUCAAUCUCCAAGUACAGUCUCAUUCUGAGGUUCCGGGGGUUUCUCAAUGUAAGAAUUUAGGGGGACACAAUUCAGCCCGUAGCAGCCUGGCAGCAGGACUCAUGGGUCCCAGUUCUCAGGCCCCAAGGACUCAGAGCAGCAAAGGAUACGUGACACAAGCAGGCCUGAACUGGACACCAGACUUUCUUUGGGGCUGUAAAAGGAGAAGUGUGACUCCACUGCCAAGGGUAAGCACUCUUGUCUUAUGCUACCCUUUAUUCUUGAACCUUGGGGCAGCCUGUGUCUCUCUUCCCUAAACGUCAUCUGUUCCGUUUUUCCAGUCUUCCAGACCUGGUCCUUGGACUGGAGACCUUCACCCUGCCUAUUUUGUGGCUUUCUCUUCAAAUCCACCUCGUCCUUCCUCCAUGACUUAUAAGUCAUCAUCUCUGCUGGUUUCUGAAAUGAGAUAUGCUUCUUGGGGUCUUCAGUGAAGAGGAAUAGCAAGUGAAAGGAGGAUGGUGGCAGGGUACAUGAACCCCUACCAGGCUUCUAGGCUUCCCCUGCAUGGCAGCCAGCCUCUAAGUUGGCCCCCAACCAUCCCUGCCUUCUUCUAUUCACACCCUUGUGUGGUUCCUUCCCACAUUGAAUAGGCCUGACUUGUGUAACGACUACACUAUUGAAGAAAUGAGAGUUUGACUUCUGAGGGUAAGUCAUAAAAUACAUCGUGGCUUC